CUCUUUCCCUCUACCAAGUUUGAAGCGGGAACUGGGCGGGCAGGGAGCGAGCGAGAGAGCGACCUACCUUUUCCAGUUUCAGCCUUGGGGAAGGAGAGCGUCUCGCUCCGCGAAUGAACGCAAGGCAAGAAAAGAGCGGGAGCAAAUCUCUUCCAAGCGCGAUCGCGAGCACGACAAUUACAGAGUAACCCUAUACUAGAGAGAGAGAGAGAGAGAGAGAGAGACUCCCGAGACAGAGCGUGUGCGUAAAAGCGCACGAGAGAAAGACUGCGGAAGGAGCCAAAGAACAAAUAACGGACUUGGGCGCAACAGAAGCGGGAUGUAGCAGAGCGAUCCUCUUCUGGAGAGGGCAGAGCGGAGGCAGGUGGGCUGGGAUCCAGCGGAUCUGGCUGGGUCUCUGCGCCGCCGCCGCCUCUGUCUCUCUCUCUCCCCCCUCCCCACGUGGCUGCUCCAUUUUGCCCUAACUGCGCGAAGCCAGGAGGAGGGGGACCAAGGAGGAGGAGGAGGAGGCGUCCACUGCGCUUGGGCCGCCGCGAAGGCGCCUUUGCGGGGGUGGGAAGAAGCCGGGAGCAGCUGCCGAGACUGUGGGGAGCCCGGCGGCGUGGCGCAAGCUCACCUUCGCAAAGAGUCUGUGGCUGCAGCCUGCUCCCUCCCCCUUCCUGACAUGUUUCUCUUCGGAUGGCUCGGGAGGAACCAGCAAGCUGGGAUGCUCCACUUCUGAGCUCCUCUCUCUUCCUCCAUCCUCUACGGGAGAGCAGAACCAGGUGCCGCUGGGGGAAUAAGCCGAAGGCAAGGCGAUCAGCCCACACACUUGAAGCAAUGCGGUGGUGGACGAACGAUGGCUGGCGGACGACGCGGGGAUGGUGACAGCCGGAGGCCCUGCUGAAGCCAUGAAGAACCAGCCCCCUUCAGGGAACGCACCCGCAACACCCGCCAGCGCCCCUUCCCGAUGGCACCGGCGCAGGUUCCGACGCAAGGCCCCCUCCGAGGUGACCGUGAAGGGCCAGCUGCGCAUGCGCUCUACCUCGGGAGCCUUUGUGAUGGUGGGCGUCUCAGUGGUGCUGGUGGGCAUGACCAUCGCUGUCAUCGGCUACUGGCCUCACCGUGCCAGGUCCGGAGGAGGCAGCCGGCCGGGCAACGCCACCGAUGACAUCAAGAAGGAAGUGAAGGCCUUGGCCCACCCUCGCCCCUUACCUCACAGCGAGAAGCUGAAGCUCAUUGGGCCUGUCAUCAUGGGCAUCGGCCUCUUCAUCUUCAUCUGUGCCAACACCAUGCUGUACGAGAACAGAGACAUGGAGACCCGCUUGCUGAUGCAGAGGGAGCUCUACUCCAUGAGUUUGAGGCUCCCACAGGACACCAGCCAGGCAAGCAGCUACUUUCAGAGGAGGCCUACCUUGUCCUCUGUCCAGGCGAACGCAGACUGUGUGGAAGGUUGCUACGAGGUGGACCUCUCCUCCAGUGGCUUCCAGUCUUGCUCCAGCCCAGCCGCCAAGUGGUCCAACGCUUACGACUCAAACAGGCUACAGGCCACCACCCAGUUCCACAAGAGCGUCUCGCCGUCCCUUUCCCUCCUGAGCGUCCGCUCGGAUUCUGGCAACACCGUGCCGGAUAACCGUGGCCUCCCUUUUGCCCACGGCGCGGAGUCAGUCAUCUCAGCCGUCAAUGCCCUGUCUCUGCCUCUCAUUAAACUCAACAACUGUCUCCUUGAAAGCCAGCGAGUUUCUCGAGCAGCCAUCCGGGACUUGGAAGCCAGUUGCCUCCGCUUGCCAGAGGAGAAGGACGAGGUGUUGAGGCUCUCGUGGACCGUCCUCCCGGGGUGCAAUGCCACGGCUCCCCGGAGAGGCGAGCUCAGAGGCAGCCACGUGGUUAUUGAUAUGGAUAAUGUUGAGCCUUCCUCAGCCACCUCGGUGGAAAGACUCCUGAACCCCGAAUGCACAAAGAGGGAAUUCAGCUCGGACACUCAGAUCCCUAAUGCGGGUCACUCCAAGUCCCUGGAUCUCGGCCAGCCAGGGGUAGUGCUAGUGGCGCCAGUCAAAGACAGGAAGCACAGGAGCUGGCCUAGACUCGACCACAUUGGCCUGGUCAACUAUGCAAAACUGGAAAGCCGGGGCGAGUCUUCUGAUAGGCUGUUGGAGCCAGCGAAGGAGCCUAUCAGUGGCUUGAGCAGGGAGCCUUCCCGGGAGGUUGUUGCAGAAACGGGUUGCGGAAACUGACUCUGCAUUGGAAGACGGCGUGUGCUGUUGGGAUUUGCCAUGUCAUGCCUGGUGUUGCCAGGAGCGAACGUGUAUAUAGAACGUUUUGCAGCAGCGGCUGCUUAGUCAGUCUGCCAGUGGCCAAGCCCAAGUCUCCUGCCAGAGGAGAGAUGCCUUUGAGAUGCUGCUGAACAGAUUGAUUUCCUUCUCAAGGGCCUGUUCAAUUCUUGCCUUAUAAAGAUCCCCUCUUCAACUUCCCCCACUGUGUGUGAAAAGAACUAUUUGCCUAGAAAUGGAAAGAAGACUUAGGAUUGCAAUGGGGCGGGUGGGGUGGGGGGGUUGGUGGGGGCUGGUACUCCUCACUACACCCAAACCCACCCAGCCUCCCUUGGAAACACAGGUGGUAAGAUUGCGGGGAAGAACGGGACGAUUGCUAAGGUUUCAGAAACAAUAAGCUGGUGCCUCCUAAAAUAGCACAGGUCUAGUUUUAAAAGUCACGAGAUUAUAAUUUUUAUACACAGAUGCUAGUUUCAGAGCUCUUUGGGGCUAAACAUCAGACCUUGCCUGCGGUAUUUACCCCACCCCACCCCCGGUAGCAGAACAAGUUUUGUUUUUUUUUUUAAAGAGAUUCUUAUUGUUUUGUUGCCAAUCUCAUGUUCUGGGCUCUGAGAAAGCCAAAACAUUUUAAAGUCAAAAUCUUGCAAGUUAAUUGGUGACUUUUUUCUCCUUCCUGCCUCUCCCUCUGUCCUGAAUCACUGGGUAUGUACAUGCCAAACAAGGUUAUUAAAAAAAAAAGGUUUGCCUCA